AUGGCUCAGGACUCAAGAUCUGCCAGUGCUGAGGAAAAUGAAUUGGACCUGCUGAAACGAAAAAUACGAAAGGUCGAGAAACUUCUGCAACAAGAUGACAACGGCCAAACAACCGAGGCGGCUCGCAGUCUUUCAAGAAAGCUAGCUUCCUACCAAAAGAGGCUUCCAGCAGCGGAAAUGGCGGCCACGGAAUCGAAGCAAAAACGAUUGAGACGAUUGUCUGGGAAUAGUAAAAAUUCGAGACGGAGCACAGCCCAAGCGUCAGCAGCCAAGGAAGCCAUGGCAAAGUUAUUGACCGAUGAGGGUAAAGAACGAGUAGAAACCGAGGCAGCAGCGGCGAAAAAAGCUAAAGAAAAGCGAUUAGCUCAAGAGACUGAAGCCGAUGCAGCAGCAAAGGAAGCCGAAGCAAAGCGAUUAGCAGAAGAGGCCAAGAAACGACGAGAAGAAGAAGCUGCAGCGGAAGCAGCAAAAAAGGCUGAUGCUGACGCGAAGAAAGCCGAAGCAAAGCUAUUGAUAGAAGAGGCCAAGAAACGGCAACAACAAGAAGCAGAAACAGUGAAAAGGGCUGCAUCUGUAGACCACGACAAUAACACCACUGAUGACGAUGACGAUGACCAUGGGGAAACAACGAGGAAGAAAGGGAAGAAGAAGAAACGGGCAUCAUCUGUAGCUGGAAAGAACAAGAAGGAAAAAGGAAAGAAGGAAAAGAUAAAAAAGAAGAAGAAGAAGAAGAAAGAUGCUGAUGGGGCUUCGGGAUCGUCCGAUGAUGACGAUGUAACUGCACAAACGGAACCAAUGGGAACUUCAGAAUCAUCGGCUGUUGUGGAAGAAGAGGACAAAAAAGAAACCACAAAGAAGAAGCGAAAGUCGCGAUCACUUUCUGCGUCCAGGCGAGCCUCUUUAGCAAAACCAGACAAGAAAAAGUCAAAUUCCCUGGCAACGUCCAACCGAAGUACAGCCUCGGCACCAGCAAAAACAAAAGAUGACGACGAUGAUAAAGAAGAGAAGCCGGUAAGACGGAUGAUGAAACGGAGCAACUCCGCAGAUCCAAUAAAACGAAAGUCAGAAUCCAAAACACCCAAGCGAAAUUCCAUUGCCAAAAUACCCAAACGGAAAUCAACAUCCAAGACGCCAAAGCGAGACUCUAUAUCCAAAACGCCAAAACGAGAUUCCAUAUCCAAAACACCCAAACGGAAAUCAGCAGCCAAACCGCCAAAAGAAGAGGACUCGGAAAUCGAAUCACCAACAUCGCCCAAAAAAGCGAGUUCAGCAUCCAAAUUACCCAAGCGAGGCUCGGUAGCAAAGAAACCGAGACGGAAAUCUGAAACCAAACCACCAAAACGAAACUCGGAAGCGAAAAAAACAAGGCGAAAAAUCAAGUUGGAGAAAAAUAAGCCAAGUUCUUCGUCUUCCAUAGGAGCGGAAACAGCAAAGUUUCUGAAGAAAAUGCCAGUGCCACCGAAAGAAGCAAUGAUACGAGCAAUGUAUCGCAAGGCUUCGGCUCCAGCAAUAGAAGUCGAAGACGAUGAGAGUGAGUCAGGGUCAGAGUCGUCUUCCAAUUUGGAGGAAACAGUAAUCCAGUCAAGGAUGAAUUUGAUGAUACCGCUGCCCAAAAAACCACCACAAGAGGAAAAGGAACCGGACUACCUCGACGAAGACUUUGUGCCAAAGACAUUCGAAGAACACAAGGCGAUGGUGCUUGCAAGGGCAAAACGGGAUGCCGAAAACGAAGAAACACAGCAUAGACGACGUGUGGAAGCGGCAAAACUGCAGGCCAAGGCCGAACUGGAACUGCAAAAGGCAGAGACGCUGGCGAGACUGCGAAAGCAACGGCAAGAACGAGAACAGAAGGAACAGAUGAAAGCAAAAAUGAGAACCAAGUCUUUCGACGAAGACAAUGAAGCAUUCUUUGUGGAUAUCAAGAAUAUGAAUGACCAGCUAAUGCAGAGAGCUCAAGAAUUCAAAGAAUCCUUGGAAGAACAAGAGAGAAAAGGAAUGAUCAUGUUGCGGCCACGGGGGUCCAUGGAGAAAGGUAGCAACCACACUCCGAACAGACGACCGCCCCCGCCAAAUCGCAACAACUCGCUUUCAUCCUCCAGCAGCUCAGACUCGGACUCGAGUUGA